AUGAUGGAAUUCGCGGCACAUCAGUUGCAGAAGAUUAAAUUGGGGGUGCAUAUUGGGCAAUCGGCGUUGAUAGUGGUAGCAUGGAUUCUAGAGAUUCUGGUGUUUAGGUCGUCGGCGAAAAUUGAUGGGAGACCUGGAUGGUUUUUUGGCUUGUGCUUUCUCACGAUACCUGCCCUCAUAUACCUUACCAUGACACCCAGGUUUCCAAGGACCCGUAAAUUCGCAAAUCCUUACGCACUCGCAUCGGUGGAUGGCCUCUUCUGUUUGCUGUGGUUGACGGCUUUUGCUGCCCAGGCUAGCUUUAACUCCAGCGGCAAAUGCAAUGACGGCUGCGGGAGGAGUAAGGCAGUCGUAGGCUUUGGUGUUUUCAUCUGGUUACUUUGGGCUUUAACUACUUUCAUGUCCCUCUACGGGGUUGUCUACUACAAACGGGAAGGAUAUCUGCCAGGAGCUUCCAGGGCACCAAAUAACGCGAACCAAAUCGACCCUGACAAAGAUGCAUUUUCAACGGCACCCCACGACGAGUACGCACCGGUCCAUAAUGUUGAUGAUCACGAUGCCGUUCAUGAAGCGCAUGAUACCUCGAUUCCAAGUUACGGCGGACCUCUGUCAAACCCACAUUUCGGCGACAACUCGAGCAGCCCCUACGGUGGUGGUGUAGGAUACGUGCCUCCUACGGUCCACGAUGAUAAUACGAGCUAUUUGGGCUACUCCGGCGAAUCAACAGCACCAGCAUAUUCAAGUCAGCCGCCAAGUGUGGUAGGAUACUCUGGUCAGUCAGGUUCGGUAGGCAGUGCGGCUGGUAGAGCUCAAUUUCCACAUGCAAGCUACAAUUGA